GGCCAUCCUGAGUGAGCCCGUCCUCUCGCCUCGUCGUCUCAUCCUCAGACUCUGACCGAUGAUGGCAGCUGGCUGCCAGCAACAGAAUGAGUGAUUGACUGCAGCGGAUUACAUGCAUGCAGGGGGCCAACACAGCCCGCCUCGACAGGACGUGACAGGCGGCGGCCGCACCCUGCCUGCCUGCAACGAGGAAGGGAGUAUCGCAGGGGCUGACUCGACCAGUCGCCCUGCAGCACCCAUGCAGCCGCUGCAGAGAUAGCUAGCGUCAAAUUUGCUGAAGGAUCACCAACCUGGCCGCCCUUCAGCUGAGCUUGACUUGGUUGCUUGGCCCAGCUAAAGUGGCCCUGCCAGGCUGCCCGUGGGGCCUCGGCGGCCCUUUUCUUUUCCUUUUCAUCUGACGUGGUUGUCAUAGUAGUGGUGGUUUUGAUCGUGUUUCUGCUGUUCCUUUGCUCAGCCAGAGCCCUCGUCGCCGUCUCAUGUCGAACCUGGACUCCCGGAACAAGUACGCUUACACCACAAUUAUGUCUGCGCACGACAACAACGCACACCAAGCUCCCGAGGUGCUCUCACAGGAUUACCCAGAGCCCGUUGUGCCGCAGCAGCAGCAUCACCAGCACUUUCAGCAACAGCAGUACCAGCAACACCAGCAACACCAGCAACACCAGCAACACCAGCAAUACCAGCAGUACCAGCAGUACCAGCAGUAUCCUCCAAAACCAGAAGAUGCCCAGUACCCACCAGGUAGCGGGCCCUACUCGGCCUACAGCGCCAGCCAGCUCGAUCCCACAUCACCAGGGCUCCAGAACCCCGCGGGAGGUGGCCCGGCCCAAGCCCCCUCAGACGCCGGGAACAAGAAGAAGGGCACCAUAUGCGGCUGCACAGCUAUCGUCUUCGUGCUCUGCCUCGUCAUCGCCCUCCUCUCCGCAGCCGUCAUCGGUCUCGCCGCCGGCACCGGUGUCGAGGCAAGCCGGGCGAACACGGCCGACGACCGGGUCGCCGAGCUCACCUCCUCCUUGGCCGCGGCGGCCACGGCCACCGCCACCGGCGGCUCGGCGGCAAGCACGUCGUUCGCCCAGCUCGACAGGAAUUGCUCGGCGGACCCCAACGGUGUGACCGGGACGACUUAUGACGCCUUCUCAUUACUCGGCAACUGGUCCUUCACAAUCCAGUGCAACAAGGACGCCAGAAAUGGUCCGUUGAUGGCGCUCUUCUCCGCCGACUUCGACACAUGCAUGGACCACUGCGCCUCCUACAACCAGUACCUGCCACACCUGUUCGGCGAGAACAACACCAACGCGACCUGCGGCGGUGUCAGCUUCAUCCCCCUGUGGACGCCAAAGUCCGAGGCCCUCAAGGGCGGCGCCCCGGGCAACUGCUACCUGAAGCCCACGCAGACGGAGGAGCUAUCCACGCCCAACAUCGGCACCGAGUGUCAUGCCGCGGUCCUGAACACCUGAGCCUGACCCCUCUACGUGUCCACUUGUGAUUUUACCAUUGCAUCGCCAAAAUGGCGUUAUAAAUAAGACGGUUGUGUCCUCAUGCCAAGACGAAAGAAUUGGGAUAUUACGGGACCAUACUUAAUCAUCGGGCGCACAUUAAAGCGGAUCAAAAGCACCCGCGACAAUCUUAAAAGCUCCGCUCGGGCACCGCUCCGGGGGAAGGGGGCGCGAGUCCGGAGCGAUAUUGAACCGUGAGGGUAUCAUGGAAAAUUCGACGUCAAAAAUCACGGACUUGUGGAUAUACCGUAUUAAAUGGUUCGUGGUUCUCCUAAUCGUUGGGGAGCGAGCCUAAAAAGGGCCUUCGACUUUUUGCAGUUGUCUAUCGUUGAUAUCCAUCCACCUAUUAUGACUGAACGUCCAAAAACAGAAAAGAAUAAAAUAAAAUACACAUAAUUUAUCUGACAAA